AAUACAUCUGUAAAGAAGAGUAUAUAAGGAAGUGCCGCUCAAACUCUCGAGGAGUUGAGACUCGCGACACCGCGGUACCACGAUAACGAGCAACAAGAGCGCGGUUACCAUCAUGCAAACAAAGCCUGUGGAAGUGCCCCAGCAGCUGCAGGAUGGAGAGAAGUUUGUCAAGUGGGAUGAGGAUUCUGGAGUAGCGACGCCGGUGACAUUGAAAGUGGAUAAAUAUGGUUUUUACUUACACUGGGUGGAUCAAAAUAAUGAGAUGGAUAUGCUGGACAUAGCCAUCAUAAGAGACACGCGAACAGGAAAAUACGCAAAAAUACCAAAGGAUCCAAAAGUGAAAUCUUUCGUGACAAUGGGUUCUCAGGACUCCUUAGAAGACAAAACUGUAACGAUUUGCUAUGGCUCUGACUUUGUCAAUAUGAAUUUUAUUAAUUUCUGCACGACGCGUGCAGAAAUAGCACAACAUUGGACAGAACAACUUUUCCAACUGGCGUACAAUUUGAUUCAAUUAAACACCAGCACAACUAUGUUCUUACUAAAAGCACAUACCAAGCUUGCGCUUACUGUUGAUAAAUCUGAAAAGAUUCCAGUAAAGAAUAUAGUAAAAAUGUUCGCACAAAACAAAGAUGACCGCAAGCGCGUCGAGAAAGCACUUGAUAUUUCUGGCUUUCCGUCCAGCAAAAGUGACGUCGUGCCGUUAGAAAAAUUCCAAUUUGAAGACUUCUUUAACUUCUACAAGUCUCUCACUCAGAGGACAGAUGUGGAGAAGGUUUUCGAAGGAAUCGUUGGCAAUAGCAAACGCAAACUAAUGUCUGUUCCGCAGUUUGUGGAAUUCUUGAAUCAGUCGCAGAGAGAUCCGCGUCUCAACGAGAUAUUGUAUCCGUAUGCUAAUGAAGCGAGAGCCAAAGAUAUUAUAAAUCAGUAUGAACCCAACAAGUGUAAUGCAAAUAAAGGUCAACUCAGUUUGGAUGGUUUCCUAAGAUAUCUCAUGAGUGAGGACAAUCCAAUUGUUGCUGUCUCGAAAUUUGAAUUGUCUGACGAUAUGGAACAACCUCUCGCACAUUAUUUUAUGAAUUCUAGUCACAACACAUACUUAACAGGGCAUCAACUUACAGGAAAAAGCUCCGUGGAGAUUUAUCGUCAAUGUCUUCUAGCUGGUUGCCGAUGUGUCGAAUUAGAUUUUUGGAAUGGGAAGGUCGACGAGCCCAUUAUCGUUCACGGAUAUACAUUUGUACCUGAAAUAUGUGCCCGAGAUGUAAUAGAGGCGAUCGCCGAGAGCGCCUUCAAAACGUCUGACUUUCCGGUCGUUCUCAGUUUUGAAAAUCACUGUAACCCGAGGCAACAAGCUAAAAUUGCACAGUACUGUAGAGAGUUUUUCGGCGAGAUGUUGCUUGAUGCGCCACUUGAAUCGCACAAGAUAGAGCCAGGUCAAGAGCUUCCACCGCCAUCGUUACUCAAGCGUAAAAUAAUAAUAAAAAAUAAAAAGAAGCAUCACCACCAUCACCAUAAGAAGCAUCAGAAGAAACAACAGCAAAUGUCAGACACCGCUAAGGGCACGCCAGAAAACGAGGAAAACGGCACGGUGAAUCCAUUCGCUGCAGAGGAGAACGGCCAGCCGCUGGACAACACAACACCGCAAAACGAGAUGGCUGACGGUGUUACGCCGGGAAAUGAGCAGCAAAUUAGAAACGGCGAUAUCCCCCAUCCUCCGAUGCUGCAACAAAGACAGGGUAGUAAAGAUAGUGCCCAGGAUGAUGAAGACGAAGAAGAUGAGUCGAGUACAGAAGAAGACGAGUCUAAUGUGGAGGAUAUAAAACUGAGAAUAGGUGAUAAAGUGACCGCGCCAGAUAAAGCAUCCACAGCCAAGGAGACAGAGGCUGGUGCAGAAAUUUCGGCUUUAGUUAAUUAUGUGCAGCCCGUACAUUUCAGCAGUUUCGAGUCGGCUGAAAAAAAGAAUCGCAUGUAUGAAAUGUCAUCUUUCGACGAGAAACAAGCUAUGACUCUUCUAAAGGAGAGACCGCUAGAGUUUGUAAAUUACAACAAACAUCAACUAUCUAGGGUUUACCCGGCAGGGACGCGGUUCGAUUCUAGCAAUUUCAUGCCUCAGGUAUUUUGGAACGCAGGAUGUCAGCUGGUUGCGUUGAAUUAUCAAACACUCGAUCUGGCGAUGCAAUUGAAUUUGGGAAUAUUCGAGUACAAUCAACGUUGUGGUUAUCUGUUGAAGCCAGAAUUUAUGAGAAGGAAAGAUCGGCGAUUAGAUCCCUUUGCUGAGUCCACUGUGGACGGUAUUAUAGCGGGUACGGUUCAUAUUCACGUGAUAUCUGCGCAAUUUUUGACUGACAAGAGAGUAGGCACAUACGUGGAGGUAGAUAUGUAUGGUUUACCAGCGGAUACCGUACGGAAGAAAUUCCGUACAAAAAUCGUCCCGAAUAACGGCAUCAAUCCUAUUUAUGAUGAAGAACCGUUCGUAUUUAAGAAGGUAGUUUUGCCUGAGCUUGCCUCGAUAAGAAUAGCCGCGUACGAAGACUCCGGACGCUUAAUCGGUCACAGGGUACUACCCGUAGUCGGAUUGUGUCCAGGAUACCGACAUGUCGCAUUAAGAACAGAGUGUGGGCAACCAUUACCAUUAGCGAGUCUGUUUCUACACGUUAUCGUGAAGGAUUACGUUCCUGACGGUCUCAGCGAACUCGCUGAGGCUUUAGCGAAUCCUAUCAAGUAUCAGAGCGAAGUGGAGAAAAGAGCGCAGCAAUUGUCGGUUCUUACCGAUUGUUUGGAAGCACCGUCGGAAGAAACGAACGAAGAUAAGGAUAAGGUUAAAAUCAGCAACGCUCCUAGUUCUUCUAAACCAGCUGACGAAACUGUAAAGGCUAAACGAUUACAGUCGGUGGGCGAGUUACCAGGUCCUCUACCAACUUCCAGCAACGUACAAGGUAGACCAUCUAUCGCAGGUUUAGGCAGUUCCGACACAGUCGACGCGGAUGACGCUGCUCCAACUUCCGCAGUUCAAGUAGUCGACACAUCGAUAAGCAAAAGUCCAGUCAAUGCUAGCAAUAUGAGCGACGACAUAGUGGCCGAAAGUCUGGAAAAGCUCAUGGAAAAUAAGUUAGUCAGGGAGAAGAAGAUGGAGCUCGAGAAGAAACUCGAAUCUCUUAGGAAGAAGCACGAAAAAGAGAAGAUGCGAAUGCAAUCGCAGAAAGGCUCAAUCGACGGCGAGAAGCAUAAGUCCAAAUUCUAUAUGAGCAAUAAGUUGGUGAAGCGGCUGUCGAGCAAGAAUAUCAGUUUUUCGAGUGAAGUGGGUUUAAGCACAUUGGCUAUGGCUGAAUCUUCCGAGUGCCCAGACCUCUCGGAGAAUCGCGAGGGAAAUGAAGGUGUACCCAGGGGUUUACCUAGAAGCCAAAGUGAGCGAUUUUUAGCCGUCUGCAAAGCACACGUUCAACAGGAGCGUGAAUUACAAGAAAAGUAUUACGAUAACCUGUUUGUGACCGUCGAAAAAGUGAUGAAGACAUCGCAAUCCAAUCAAUUGAAAACGCUAAGGGUGCUUUUAGAUAGAGAAACCGCAGAUGCUAUGCGGAAGCUGCAAGCUAUGAGACAUGGCGAGGUUAAACAAUUAGCCAAAGUGCAUAAAGACAAAGCCGAACUGGAUCGUAUGAAGAGAGAAGUUGCGAAAUUGACUGUAGAGAAAGGCGUGAAUGAAUGUACGCGCUUGACGAAGAUUUACGACAAGAAGAGAGCGGAAUUGGAAAAGCAGCACGAGGAAGUGCGACAGAGACUUGAAGAGGAGCGAGCCAAGGUGAAAGCUAAUUUGCUAGCAGAGUAUAGUAGUCGCUAUAGCAAAUACGAGAGUGGCGAGUUACCUCUAUUAUCUACCGGCGGAGCCAGCAUGCCUGAGUCACUCAGCGAGAAUACAUAUUGACUUACACGACGGGUCGUCUAGCUGUGUCGACUGAAGACUACGUUGGUUCGCGACUUCUGCGUCCCACAUUACACGUAUCGUUCCAGGCAUCCCGUAUACAACUUGGUGCGUCGAACACGAGUUUGAAUUCUGCAAUUUGAAAGAAAGAAAAAGAAACAUGUGGGGAGGAGAAACUGAGAUUGUUACUCGGUCGUGACGCCUCCCGACAUUCGUUCCCGACAUACGAAGAAAUGAACCGAUACUCAUGACUAACGAUGUUAGCAUACAGUGCUAAUCUACAGGUGCUCGAUGAUGAUAAAGAAGACGUUCUCGCAGUCUCUCAGCGGGGAUAUCGAUACGGUGACAGUGUGAGCUGUAACGAGAGAUCGUGAUUUCGUGCAGCUCGAUGUAACGUGAAGCACGGACGAGCAGAGUCUUACGUAUGUACGAUAUAUAAUUGUAUGUAUAUACCGAACUUUUACCGUUUAAUACUUCAAGAGAUUAGGUGUCGAAUAAUGAAUCGAGGUAAUUUUCUAUUACUUCAACACUGUGUCUUUUACUACAAUGAUCAUUAUUCGACUGAUACGAUAUGUGUUUGAUCGAUUCUUCGAUCGAUCCUGUCGCCAGACAUGCGGAACACGCUAUGUCUUGAUCUCUUUACGAUAAAAUGUCUGCUUAAUAACGCGAGAAAGAGGGAGAAAGAGGCAGAGGGAAAGAAAGAAAGAGAGAGAGAGAGAGGGAGAAAGAGUGAGAACAAAAGAGAAGGAAAGAGAAAUAAUGUCAAACUUUAACGAUAAAUCUGAGUUACUUCGCACAGUAUUAAGCAGUCUGGGAUUUCGGGAUCUGAAAUUGUAGUCGACGUUGUCGGUUGCGUUGCGCGAUAACGAACAGUGAAAUCGUUCGCGAGAGAUAGGCGCGAGUGGGUGUAUAAUUCUAAAUAAGAGCAACCUUCCUAAGUGCUAACGUUUAAUAUUGUUGUUAUAUGCAUAAGGCGUUAUUUAAUCGAUUACAAAACUAAUUCUAAUUGCGUUCCGCAAGAUACUCCGUUUACGCGACAAAUGAAUUGAUGAUCUUCUCGACUCUACUCCGUAAGUCAGAUCUCAGGAGAUUCCAGUCAGAACGAUAAGAAGUAUAAUCUUGAGAGGGUGUAAUCUCUUUGGCCUAGAGGAGAAACAUUGGAAAGUGCUAAGAGAAAUUUGCACGGACGCAUGCGUGUGCGCGCGUGCAAUAGCGAUCUGAUAUAUAUUUUUGACUGAAAGUACUCCGUAUAAAGUAAUUUUUUUUCCGGGGUUGCCCGUACUAUGGAAGAGGAGGAGGGGGAGAACGGAAUGGAGGAAGGACGAGGGCAAAGAGGGAACAUAUUGAGGCGUUAUUCCGCCGCGAGAGUGAGAGUAUCUCGGUAUCCUAUCGUGUAGAGAGAGAGAGCAGCUUUUUUGGUAUCCCGAACGGUCCGGUCGGGCGAACCUCUUUGAGGAAGACAAUCAAAAAUGUUACGAGGUAACAUUGUCCUUGUUGUUUCUAAUCGUACGAUAUUUUAGACUAUGUGCACUAUGAUACGUGUACAUAGGUAUCUGUGAAGAGAUUCUUCAUAAUUAUAACGAAUUUAGGGUAAUUAAUACUUGUUACAUCGUAAGUCUUGUAUCGUGUAAUGAAGAUCCGCUAUUUAUUUAACGCGUUGAUUUAAACGAAGCUCAGAGGUACGCGGGGUGUGUCGCGAUUGCUUUGGCGGAACUAUCUGGCGAUAAUCGCGCGAAUAACAAUAACGGAAUCAAAUAUAUGACUUCUUAUACACAGAAUAUUUAAUAUUAUAUAUAUAUACAAAUGUAUAUAAAUAUAUAUAUAUAUAUAUAUAUAUAUAUAUAUAUAUAUAUAUAUAUACACAGAUAUACUUAAACAACGCGCGCGGUUAUUUCACAUCGCGUUUUAUAUUAUUUUAUUUUUUGCGUUUAGUCGAGGGAUCGCACGUGCGUUUUACACCUCGGUCCAGAGGCCGAGCUUUAUUCUGAGCCUCUGACAGUUUUAUCCAUCGUUAAACACAUCUGCCAAGUCAGAUAGGAGAUGAUUUACGAGUGAUCUCGUGGCAUUUAGCACGUUCGUUGAAAAGGAUAGCCUUCUGUCGUGCGUUGUAUUUCAAGUUGAGUACAUUCUUUCGCUGCACGUACUCACGCCGAGAGAGUAAUCGCUCGGAUCUGACCGAUUGACCACAGCUAUCGAACGAGCGUAUAUUCGCGUAAAUGCAAAAAAAACUGACGCUUGACUAUCCGCACACUUGACUAAACGCGCGUGAGUCUCGACGUAUAUUAUAUUAUAUAGUUCGCGAUGUAACGAUUUGCAUCGAGCGCUCGCGAAGCACGAAGGAUACGUGUUCAUUUCAAUUAUAUUAAUUAAUUUGUUUCGUGGUUGUUUUAUAGAAUUUUAUUGGGUUCGUUUUAUUGGCUUUGCGAAAUUGCUCGGUUGAAUAACGAUAUAUUUUACGAUAAAGCCUUUGACGAUAUUGCUUUCCGAAUUUAAUCAAAAUUUUAUGUCUGCUUCAAAUUUGUUUUUCCUUUCACACGCAUAAUUUGCUAUGUCGCGUGCGCGCGCAAUAAUAUAGUCUAAUGAAUCUCGCGUACGGUAAAAGAAAUCUCUCAAAUUUACUGUUACUCUAUUGUACAAUCGUGUUGUUUGUCGUAUUAUUUUGGCAAGAGUUUUGCUGACGACGAGUAGAGUAAAUCCAGUGGGGUCGUUCGCGAUAUUGUCGCGCGAGUUCCCCUAAUUUAAGCGGAAAAACAAUGAUCAAUUAAAACAGGUGCAUUUAUUACUACUGACGAUAGCAUCUCGUAAACUUAAGAACGGUGGAUCCUAGCAGCCGAGAAAAAGUUAUAUCCCCGUGCACCUCCCUCGAGUAUAAUGCGAGAUUUCGUUCGUUGUAAAGCAUACGGGGAGGAGUAAUAGCAUUUGGCUUUACUUGAAAUAUAGUCGUGACGAUAUAACGCGUUCUUUGUAGGAGAGUAGUCGACAACGCUGCUGCGUAUCUCUCCGGCGGUAUAGGCUUAGAUUUACACGAAUGUGCACGAACGAAAUUCAUCUUGCGUUGUACCGCAAAGUUACCACUUCUUAGUCGAUACCAAUUCUCCUGGUUGCAUUUCUUCCGUGAAUGAAGUUACCGAUCGUUCGCGAUGUUGCUUUGUAUCGUGACUGACGCGGCUGAUUUUCUCUCCCGUUCGGUAGACAGUCGUGAAGCGAGGACGACACCGAACGUGUUCGAGGCAACGUGUGAGCUCUUCCCGUCUAGCAUGAAGAAUCUGAUAGCUCGUGCAUUAACGCACAAGUGUUGACCUUUCUUUUGUAAAGUUCAAUUUUUUUAUAAGUAUCUUCUAGCAAUACGUUUGUGAAACUACCAAGUGACGCAGUAUAUUCUUGGCAGUUUCUUAUUUCGCAGCUUUUUUACAGUAUGCUAUACCUGUCAUUUCAUAAGAUCCAACAUUGCUUGUUACCUUUAAUAUUCUUUUGCGAGAAAUUGGGCAGCUCUCGUUAUUGAUUGAGUACGCAUCCUUCGCGACAUCAGGCAAUCUCCGUGGUGAUAACAGUGGGAGGGAUCGGUUGAGAACCUUCGCGAGUUCUGUCAGACACUAGAUUUCUAGAUCGUUAUUGACGGUACAAUUCUCUUUCCAGUGUUCUGCGUAGUGAUAUUUAUUUCGAGUUCCCGCCUUCCGACGUUAGUUUACUACGCUUGUAAGUUCUUUCAAUGUUUCGCCUCUCUAAGGAAGUAUCUUAGUCUAAUCGUUGCGUUACUAUGCGAAUGUACCUCUUUAAGGUUUGCGGUGUUAUAUUUCGCACUGUUGUAUAUAUUGCGGACGUAGAGAUCUUGGUUUCUCUCGAUAUCGCUCGGGGUGGCGAUCAUGCAACUUUUCCCCAAGAGAGGAACAGUGAAUAGUUCCACGUGAACUCGAGGACGUGAGCGCGAUCAGUGGUCUGUUCUUUUUAGCUGAACUGCUGAACAGGUUCAAUAAGUUAAAGUGAGACAAGUAUUCUCACUCUAACUUAUUGCACCAGUUCAGCAGUGCAGCUGAAAAGAACAGACCACAUGUAACUUCCCGAAGGAUGUGUGGAAAUUUUCACGCAAAACCUUUCACUUUUCACGAGUUCACGCUGGGGGGAGGACACGUGAUCGAUACUCAGAGUGGAAGAUUCGCAGACUUCUCGCACUAGUUUUCUGGUGAUUCGAGCUACACUUAUUCGUCUCGUCGAAGUUGAGGAAGUUGUUGUCGAGAUAAUUGGAACAUAAGCGAUACAGGCGGAGCGGUGGUGUUUCCGAUUGAUCGUUUGCGUUUCUCUUUUAUGUUCCAAUACUGCCCGCGUUAGUUUCCGCCGCGGGCUUCGUCGGCGUUCUCCGUUACCCGAUUAGUCAGUUUCCGCGUACAGGGUGAUCUAUCGAUGCAUUUAUGUCUUUCAAUUAGAUCGCGGCUCGACGCUGUGUAUUUUGUCAGAGAUCUUUCUCGCCGUGUGUGAUCACCGUACGGGAUGUCGCAUACUUCGCUCGCAACACGAUUGUCGGCGUCGUUCUCUUCCUACAUUCGUGUAACGUACGCGUAUCUAUGUACGUUACACACAUACGCAGAGAGACAGAUAUACACACGCAUAUACACGUAUGUAUAUAUAUAUAUACGAGCAUAGAUUUACGCUCUAACGGUAUAGAUAUUAUAUUCACGUUGAUAUAUUAUGUGUUGUUGCUGUUGAUGUUGUUAAUCGUAGGGUAGCGAUACAAAGUGGGUAGUGGCUAGCACGUAGUCGUUGUUAAUAGGAAUUACGGGGAAUUAGAGGACAAAAAAAAACGAGAAAAAAGAAUAAGAAAAAAGAGAGCGAGGGAGUCCUGCGUUGCGACGAGCAUGUUCGCGUGCGCGGAUUAUUUGUCAUUAAUCCGCGACCGAUCGAUCUUCGGACGCGUGCGUCGCGACGUUACCAGUUCAUUGUACCUGCGACCUCGUCUCUGUAUUAACCACCCUGGCGUCGCGUUAUUCUUGGACGUCGUUUGCGUUCGCUUGUCCGAAAAAUGAAGAGAGGAGUCUCUCCAAGAGGGAUCACUUCCAGUUACCAGAUCUUAGAUCCCACGUGUCUGUGUCGUGAACGCCAUGGUGGUUAACUUCAGCGAGCGGCGCCUCUCUCGCGAGGCAUCAGCACUCUGUAACGCUAAAGGAUUUGCCAAAUAGAUAUUUAUUAAGCACGCGAAAGCGCCGAAGAUCGCGUCGCCGAUCCCUGUAACGGACGUGCCCGUCGUUCCGGAAAUAAGAGCGCGAGGAGAUAUCUACAAGCGUAUAUUAUACAUAUAUAUAUAUAUAUAUAUAUAUAUAUAUAUAUAUAUAUAUAUAUAUAUAUAUAUAAGGUAUGUGUAGUUUGAAACGGCCUACAAACGAUCGUAGCGAUUCGGCUCAGCUAUGUAUUAUUCUUUUCCUGUUGGUCGGUUUCAUUUUUCCGGCGACUCUUCGCAUUCGUACCGAAACUCGAAUUGGAGCGUCUAAACGGCCGCCGCCGACACACGAUCGUGCCGGAAGCGCGGCUUUAUCCGCUAAGGGUCUUUCCGCCGUCUGUCUAUUCGUCUGUCUGUCGCGUCCCUUUAUCGUCAAUCGUUCGAAGCUCAACUGUAACAGCAAGGAUCUCCUAACAACGAUUCUUCGUACCUGAACACUACACUUCCGACACCUACGUCCUCCAUCGAUUCUCUCGAAGCAUCGAAGUGAGCGAAAGUCCUCCGACGACAGGGACACAUCUACGAAGAGG